AUGAAAACCCAUGAUAUUAACUUUGCGACAAGGCCUAAAAUCUUAGCUAUUGACAUUUUGUCUUACAACUCCAUAGGUAUGGCUUUUGCUCCUUAUAGAAAUUAUUGGAGGCAGAGAAAGGAUCCCAUCAACCUCACUCAAAUCAAUGAGCAUAAAGAGGCACAAUUAAUAGCCAAAGAUGACCAAAGUGAACCAGAAGAUCUUGUAGAUGUUCUCGUACAAUAUGAGGAUGGUAGCAAGUAG